GGUACUGGGUGUCAUACUGAAGCCACAAGCCAUGCUGUUGCCCCUGCUCUUGUCUCUUCUCGGUCUCACCCAGGCUCAGCAUCACUGUUGCGCACCCAUACAAUGGGAAGCGUACCUGGGACAAAUCGAGGGCUAUUACAAACCCAACACACACGCUGCGGGGUUAAUCCAGGGUGUGGACAUAGUAUCCUACGAUGCCCUUAAUCAGAGGAUGGUCAUUACCACUAACCUGUACGCUGACGGAGUGCACCUCCCAAUUACCACCGUCCACAACGACUACGCUAAUCACGUCCAGUGGAAGUUCAACUCUACCAGUUGCUCUAAGGUGGCAAUAACUGGCAAGAUGCCAAGUAACUGUAUCCCAGCCAAUGCUAAUUACACUGGGGCCAUUUAUUUCGGAGUGGGUCGGGAUAAGCUGAUGAUGGAUGCGUGGACAUACGCUCUUUCCAACGUACGCUUCUCUAUCACCAUGACACAGAACGGAUGUUACCCUGUAACCGAAGGAAUUGUGGGAACCUUUGGGGCGGAUGCAGGCACUAUUUCCCAGUGCAAAACGGGUGAUUGCACUGAUGCUAUCAUCGCAUACGGAAUCACUGGAUUGACAGUUGGGAUCAAAUCUCAAAGCAUAUUUGACUUACCAGGACAUUGUCAGGCUCCCUCCUCUCAUGAUCCAAUCGAUGGAUACACAGUGGCGCACCAUCUCCACGAGAUCCGUAAACGACAAGCCUAGAAGACGAUCGGCUGGGACAGUUGAGUCCGAGGACAAGCUUCAUUCGCUAUCAAUAAAAAUAUCUAUUGAAUGGUGU